CCCAACGUGAUGGCUGAAAUAUGGCACUGCCUACACAAUGUGUUUCUCAAAAUCAAAUCGAGAUAAUUUUCAAGUCAUUGAUUUAGGAAAGGAUUACCGUCCUGUGUGUGUUUUCUCUUACCGAACACAAGUUCACACUCCGACUUUUGCGUGUUAUAUGGCCAUAUUUGGUGGCCAUAUAGAGCCUUCUACUGUCCACUCUGCGGAACCACAGGCCGUUUUCCAUACCCAGCUCUCCAGAGCAGGACGAGAUGAUGGGAGACAGAGGCAUCAGGGAGAGACAUCCCAAUGGAGAGAUCACAACCAACGGUAAAAUGGAGGUGGAGCAGAUGAUCAGCAGGAAGCUUCACCUGAAACGGGCGGCAGAGCACCUGAAGUCGGACCUGAUGAAGCAGCUGGACUCUCAAGUGAACGACUUCAUGAACUGCCUGAUCGAGGAGUCUGCCAGUCUGGAAGCUGCCCCAGUGCUGCUCUCUGACAAAGAGAGCAAUAAACUCAGUAAGAAGUCACGAACCCCAGGAAGCCCAGGCAAAGUGUAUGUGAGCCGCCGUUCGCUGCUUGAUGAACUGUUUGAAGUCAACCACAUCCGGACAAUCUACCACAUGUUCAUCGCCCUCCUCAUACUGUUCAUCCUCAGCACACUGGUAGUGGACUUCAUCGAUGAGGGCCGGUUAGUGUUGGACUUCAACCUCUUGGUAUUUGCCUUUGGGCAGCUCCCCCUGGUGGUAUGCACGUGGCUGUGCAUGUUUGUAUCUGUGCUCGUGGUGCCGUACAGCCUCCUCCACCUGUGGGCCAGCUGGUAUCCGACCUGCAGCCACCCGACCCUGUGGUCCGUCCUGGUGGGCACCGUGUCCAUGCUCUACCAGGGGCUGGGGCUGGGCUUUCUGCCCACGUCAGUGGUGCUUAGCAACAGCCUCCCGCCUGCCUCACGCUUUAUCAUCAUUGUGGAGCAGGUGCGCCUGAUGAUGAAAGUCUACUCCUUCGCCAGGGAAAACGUCCCCAGAGUCUUGUCAGCAGCACAGAAAGACAAAACCAAUGGUCCUGUCAUACCUCAGCUAACACAGUAUCUGUACUUCCUCUUUGCCCCAACACUCAUUUACAGAGAUCACUAUCCCAGAAAUCCAUACAUAAGAUGGAGUUAUGUUGCCACAAAGUUUGGUCAGGUGCUGGGAAGUCUGUUCUAUGCGUACUACGUGUUUGUGCGGCUCUGCAUCCCGCAGUUCCGCAGCAUCAGCCUACAGCUCUUUGACCUGAGGGCCAUGGUGCUCUGCGUCUUUAACUCCAUCCUUCCAGGUGCACUGGUUCUCUUCUUGGCUUUCUUCGCUUUCCUGCACUGUUGGCUCAAUGCUUUUGCAGAGAUGCUGCGUUUUGGUGACAGAAUGUUCUACAAGGACUGGUGGAACUCAACAUCAUUUGCUAAUUACUACCGUACAUGGAAUGUGGUGGUGCAUGAUUGGCUGUACUAUUAUGUGUACAGGGAUUUUCUCUGGUUAACGGAGAAGCGUUUCCGGAGUGGAGCCAUGCUGUUCGUGUUCACUAUGUCUGCAGUAGUGCAUGAGUACAUCCUGGCCAUCUGCUUCGGCUUCUUCUACCCAGUACUCUUCUGCCUCUUCAUGUGCUUCGGAAUGAUGUUCAACUUCAUCCUGCACGACCGAAGGAAAGGCCCCAUAUGGAAUGUUAUCAUGUGGACCUCCCUCUUCUUGGGGCAGGGGGUCAUCAUCUGCCUGUACUCCCAAGAGUGGUAUGCCCAGCGAUACUGCCCCAUCGAUGAGCCCUCUUUCUUGGACCUGCUGAAGCCACGAUCCUGGACCUGUCACCUGACCAGUCCACAUGCAGAACACUCUGGGGGAUCCUGAGCCAUUCUGAUCAGAACCUACACCAGCUAUAUCAUCAUGAAAACAAACAAACAAAAAAAGAGCACGAGUUGACUUCUUUUUAACGUCCUCUGUGCUAAAUUCUUUCAUUUUCUGACUUUUUUUUAUUGCACUAUGCCUUCUGUGGAUGUCUUCUCCUCAGUUUCAGAAUCAAGGUUAUGGUCAGCUUUACAUGGCUGCUCUGAUUCUGAACUAUCAUACAUCAGAAUGCUCUUCUCAAGUGUUUUUUUCUUUUUUAGUUUUUUUUAGUUUAUCUUGCAGUCAUCCCCUAUCUAAUAGGAGCUGCUAUUCAGUUUUUGUAUGCCUUCUCAGUCCUUUUUUAAUAUAUAUAUAUAUAUAUAUAUAUAUAUAUCCAAAUGUAUACACAUUUGGUUAAGCUACAGGGAGUUUGUGGAGGUCCUAGUAUGCUUUUCACAUGUCAUGGAUCAGGGUUCAUUCGCAUAUUAAGGACUAUGAGAAACAAUCACCGUUGUUAAUGGUGUUUGAACCUGAUUUUCUUGUGGUCUCUUUAUCAGAGCAAUAAUGAAAGUAUGACAAUGAUUUUCACAUUCCACUUUUUAUUGCAAAAGUGGAAUGUAUUGCUACCAGCAGCUGUUGCCGAAUGUGCCACUGUCAGUGUGUUACUGUCACUGUUGGUAUGCCAUACUGUGUAUGAGACUAUACUCACACACACAAGAAUCGAAAACAAGUAGUAUCAUCUUAAUAAGACAAAUGGGAAUCCAUCAGAAUUUCAUAAUCCACAUAUCUAUGGCUGACCUCACAGGCAGAUUUAGUAACCGAGGAUAGUUUGAAGUAUGGAUGAGUCAUCACUACAGCCUUUUUUCAGAUUUCAUUUAGUGAUCAUUGUGGUGUUUUGUGCUUAACCAUCUUUUGGCCUUUUUCUCAAGGGGCCUUUAUUUUUCCCACAGAGCCCUCGAUGUUUAACAUGUAUUUGCAAUAACCCAUGCUGCCACAAGAUGGCGAUAGAGUAUUUCAUGGAAAAAGAUAAGAUACCGUACUUGAACUGUAGUUACUGUGUGGCCCCUUUGUGAUUAAACAAAUGUAGUUCUUUCUUGAGACCACACUUUUGCUACAGCAUCCUACCUUUUUGUCUGAGAUAGGUCUAUCUGUUCAACUCUCAAACUGAGAAACGGUUGUGUCCUACCUCAAAAUACAAUCCCCAUGUGAUGUAAUGUACUGUAAAAACUGUGAUGUAACCAUUUUAUAAAAUAUUUUAUGUAAAUUCUAUUUUUACAGGUAAAUGUCUAUUCAAUUGACUGUAUGACCUAGAUAGGCAACCCUUUACUGAAACUGCUAUUAUAUUUAUCUAAAAUGUAGCAUAUUGCGUUAGCGUAUAAUAGGCUACACUGUGGUUAUGUAUAAGGACAUCAAAGUGAGGUAGCCUAUUUGUAGGCCUACCCAAUUUUUCCUGUUUAUCUUUUUUCUCUUAUUUAUCUUUUUAUUUGUUUUGUUUGUUUUAUUUUUCUCUUAUUUCAUUUUUUUGCACAAGUGAAUUCUAAACAAAUAUUACAGCAAUCAUGUAAUGUUGUAUGUCCAAUAUUCAGGGUUCAGCUUGAUAUAUUUAUGGAAAAUGACAUCUAUAUUUGUGUACUGAGAUGCCCCACCUACUACUUUGUUUACUGCUGUAAAUUGAUACUUCAUCUGUUUGUGUGGAGCAAAUUGAGAUUGAGAUGGUAAAAUAUGAUAUUCUGUAUGGUGUAUUAUUGAGGCUGAACAAUUUGACUACUGCUUUGUUGUACUAUUGUCUCUCAACUGUGUUGCUUUGGUGCAAUAAAACUACCUAUUUAUCUUCAAAGAAAAAAUAUGUUCAAUGC